AUGCUUCCCACAACGAUACUAGCCAUAGGCCUCCCGGCCCUGGCUUAUGCUCACCCCACAGCUUUAGACGCCGAACCUGCCGCAUCAAUAGAGCGCAGGUUCAAGCCCCUAUCGACCGAAUCAAGCUUUGAACUCAAGCCCGAAGACCUCGUCAAGCUCAAUGUUUGCAAAGACAAUCAAGGAAAGCUCAAGUGCGAGGAGAGGAAAACCGGACUUCUAACCACGCCAACCAUUUCUAUGAUCAGCAAACCUCAAAGUUUGCAGCCCAAAGAAGAAAGGCUUCGCUGCACUUAUACUGACAAGGACUCCAAGAAGGAAGAGAAGAAAUGGGUCGAGGGUGACGAUGGCAAGUGUACUAACGACAAGGAAGUCAUAACCAAGGACACAUGCACCAAGGACAAGGGUAAACUUGUUUGCGAAGAGAAGGCGCCCCAAUCGCUCAGCUUCUUCAACCGGAUUCCCAUUGCCUUUUCCAUGUCUAUUUGGAGCCCCACAAUCGCUCCCAAGCCCACCCAUGGCCUGGUCUGCGUGGUAGAUAAGGGGCAGGAGGCCGCCAAAAAUGCGACCACUUUUAGGUUGAUCGUCAAUGAGCAGGCCACAUGCAUUCCCGAGAAGAAGCCUCUGCCCGAGAUCACCAAGGCCGAGUGCGAAGCCGCAAAGGGCAAGCAGACCUGCAUCAUGGAACGGGGGAGUGUUCUCCCGGGAUCCAAAGAGGCACCGCCCCCAGCAACCCACCGCUGGAAGUGCAGCGUGCCCGGCAAGGACGGGGCCAAGGCCGAGGACAAGAUGAUCAAGGGCGACGAGGGCAAGUGUGAGAUGAAGGACAUGCUCGUCAACGGCGUGAAGCCAGACAUUUCGCUCAAGGAAUGCAAGGACCGCAACGGAACCGCACCCUGCCUGCCCGAGAACCAGGUCUUCCGCUGGACGCUCAAGUACGAGAGGAACAAGUGCAACAUUCCUCCGACCAAGGUCAACGGCACCGACGGAGAGAUUCGUAACAUCAAGUUUAGCGAGCGCAAGUGUACAUACGAGGAUGCGAAGAAGGACAUCGACGCCAUGGAGGCCGAGGCCAAGAAGAAAGCUGCCAACGCGCCGGGAGUGAACCCCAAGAACCAGACCGCCACCGCCACCGCCACCGCCGAAAUGACCAAGAAGGAGUGCCAGGAUGUCAUGGGCGCCAUGACCUGCACCAAGAAGGGUGAAGCUCUCACCUGGCGCUGCAAGAUUGCCUACUUUGGCGGCAAGCCCAUCGAGGAGAAGUGGAUCAAGGGUGAUGAGGGCAAAUGCACAGAAGCAGACACCAAGAAGGAUGCCGCUAAAAAGGAGGAGCCCAAGAAGGAGGAGCCCAAAAAGCCCGAGAACAAUGGCACUAGCUCUACUGCGACCUUCACCACCUCUGCCACGGCACCUACCCCCACUCCCACCCCCACCGGCCCUGCCACUGUAACUCGCCGUGCCAUCAACCCCAGCCUCGCCGGUCCUCCCAUGGGCCGCCUUGGAUCCAACGUUAAUGAUGACAUGGCCAAGCCUAUUCCUCUGUCGAUGCCAUCAAUCGACAUCGCCGCAGAUUUGCCAGGUCCUUCCAAGUCCAGCAAGCUCGAGGACAAGAUUCUUCCUGGAAUUGAUGUCAUGCCUGGUGAUGAUGAUGUCCCUUUCAUUUUGCCUCUCUCUGGUGACGUUCAAAAGCACAACAACAUUAUGGAUAAGUCCGGACCGGCCGGCCUCGAGGACGACAAGACGGUCAAGAUCGCCAUUCCCAAGGGCGACCCUGGAAAGCAGGGACCCAAGGGCGAGCGCGGCCCGCCCGGACCCAAAGGCAAGGAUGGCAUGCCCGGGCCCAAAGGCAAGGACGGCAUGCCCGGGCCCAUGGGUCCCACUGGAAAGGCUGGAAAGGAUGGCGAGAACGCGCCCAUCCUGAUCAUUAGCACUGAGAUCGAGAAGCCCAAGGACGUGAAGAAGAAGAAGGGCGGACGCAAGCCGCUCUGGAUCACUCGUUCCGAGUGCAAGGCCCAAGAGGGGUUCGAGACGUGCAAGAAGGGCAAGAAGAUCUGCCGCAUCUCCAACGGCAGCGAGCUUUCUGAGCCUCGCCUGGGCGGCUCCUGCGACAGCGCCGACGCCGACGACCACCACGUCGAGCUGUUCGAGGGCAUGUCCCGCCGCGCCAUGGCCAAGAUGCUGGCCAAGCUGCUGAAGAAGGAGCUGACGGGCAGUGGUGUCGGCAAGAAGGGCGGCAGCGGCAAGUCUCGCCGCGGCGGCAAGACGUUUAAGAACAAGAUGCAGAAGAAGCUCGGCGGUGGGCACAAGUUCCUCGGCGGCGGGCACAAGUUCCACGACGGCAAGACCAAGAAAUCGGACUGGGUCUACAAGCAAUCCGCCGUCGACGACUGCGACAAGCUCGACGGCACGACGGGCUGCCUCGACGGGCGCGUCACCUGCAUGUUCAAGGGCCGCAACAACAAGCCCCACAUCAGGAAGUACCAAGACACGUGCGAGUGGCGCCUCCGUAACGACAGCUGGAGGAGCAAGCACCAAGUCGAGUGA